GCUCCGCGGCCGAGGUGGUGGUGCCGCGGGGAGGGAAUUGACUGGAGUUCAAGGCGGGGGCCUGGGUCCACCGAGCCGGGGCUCCUCUCUUCCCUCCUUGCGCUCCCCCGUCUGACCCCCUCGACUAAGUCUAGCCCCCUCGGCUAACAGUCGCGCAGCUGAACGUGGCCCACAGCAGGAAAGGGGAAUAGGCGCGAGCCCAGGGACGAGGGGGUGGGGGUUCGCAAAGGAGGGGCGCGCCCACCAGUCUCCCCAGCCUUCACCGACCCCGCCUACACCGCGGGGCGAGGACCCUUGGAGUAACCUCUGUCUGCCACCGACCUGGGACCUAGCCCCCCCCUCCCAGCCUGGAUUCUACGUGCUUUUAUGCCCCUGUGAGCUGAAUCAGGCCUCUUCACUUCUCUGAGCGCCAGCUUCUACAUCUACUGGCUGGCUAUGAAGAGCUGGGUCUACACCAUCACCCCAGGCGAGACUCCUGACUGUGGCCUAUGGGCCUCUGAGGAGGCGUUGUAAGUCCGCCCGGCUCCCCACUUGCUGUGCUCCCACUCAAUGGGUAGGGAACCAAGGCCUUGUCCAGCCAUCAGCCCCGGCCUCUUGGCAGCACCAGGAUGGAAGUCAAAGGUCAGCUGAUCAGCUCUCCCACCUUCAAUGCUCCAGCUGCCCUGUUUGGAGAGGCUGCCCCCCAGGUAAAGUCAGAGCGUCUGCGAGGGCUGCUGGACCGGCAGCGGGCCCUGCAGGAGGCCCUGAGCCUGAAACUUCAAGAGCUCCGCAAAGUGUGUCUCCAGGAGGCGGAGCUGACCGGCCAGCUGCCCCCUGAGUGCCCGCUCGAGCCUGGUGAGCGGCCUGGUGAACGGCCCCAGUUAGUCCGCCGGCGGCCCCCUCCCGCCCGAGCCUACCCUCCACCGCACCCCAACCCAGCACACCACUCCCUGUGUCCUACUGAGGAGCUGGCUCUGGAGGCCCUGGAGCGUGAGGUGUCCGUGCAGCAGCAGAUCGCAGCAGCUGCCCGCCGCCUGGCCUUGGCCCCUGAGCUGAGUGCUGAACAGCGCCGCCGGCGGCGACAGGUCCAGGCCGAUGCGCUGCGGAGGCUGCACGAGCUGGAGGAGCAGCUCAGGGACUUCCGGGCCCGCUGCGGCCUCCCGGUGCUCCCACCAUCCCAGCCACUGUCCACAGGGACUGUCAUCACCACCCAGGGUGUCUGCUUGGGCACACGCCUCGCUCAGCUCAGCCAAGAGGAUGUAGUUCUGCACUCGGAGAGCAGCUCCCUGUCAGAGUCUGGGGCCAGUCACGAUAAUGAGGAGCCCCGUAGCUGCUUCCCUUUGGCAGAGCGCCCCUCACCACCCAAGGCCUGGGACCAGCUGCGGGCUGUAUCUGGGGGCAGCCCUGAGCGGAGAACCCCAUGGAAACCACCCCCGUCAGAUCUUUAUGGGGACCUGAAGAGCCGACGCAACUCUGUGGCCAGCCCCACCAGCCCCACACGCUCGCUGCCCAGGAGUGCCUCCAGUUUUGAGGGGCGAAGUGUACCUGCCACCCCUGUCCUCACCCGGGGUGCUGGCCCCCAGCACUGCAAACCUGAAGGCCUCCAUUCUCGCCAGUGGUCCGGCAGCCAGGACUCCCAGAUGGGCUUCCCCCGGGCGGAUCCUGCUUCCGACCGCGCCUCCCUCUUUGCCGCUCGCACCCGUCGUAGCAACAGCUCCGAGGCCCUGCUGGUGGACCGAGCAGCUGGUGGGGGAGCUGGCUCCCCACCUGCACCUCUAGUUCCCCCUGCCACUGGCCCCCCAGUCUGCAAAAGCAGUGAGGUGCUGUAUGAGCGCCCCCAGCCAACCCCUGCCUUUUCCUCCCGCACAGCUGGCCCCCCAGACCCACCCCGGGCUGCCCGGCCUAGCUCAGCUGCCCCUGCUUCCCGUGGGCCUCCCCGGCUCCCACCUAUGUGUGGGGACUUUCUCUUGGACUAUCCCCUGGACCGGGGCCUGCCCCGAGGUGGUGGGGCAGCCUGGGCAGAGUUGCUACCUGCAGCUGAGGUCCCAGGACCCCUCUCCCGCCGGGAUGGCUUCCUCGCCAUGCUCCCAGGCCCACCACCUGUAUAUGCAGCUGACAGCAGCAGCCCCCUCCUCCGCAGCAAGGACCCCCACACCCGUGCCACCCGCACCAAGCCCUGUGGCCUGCCUCUGGAGGCUGCCGAGGGUCUGGAGGUGCAUCCAAAUUCUCUGCUGUGGAUGCCCCCACACACCCGCGUCCCCCCAGCUGGUGAACGCAGCGGCCACAAGAGCCUUGCCCUGGAGGGGCUGCGGGACUGGUACAUCCGGAACUCGGGACUGGCUUCGGGGCCCCAGCGCCGGCCUGCACUCCCCCACAUGGGUCCGCAACACCCACCCUUCCUCCAUGCCCGCUGCUAUGAAGUGGGCCAGGCGCUGUAUGGGGCCCCCAGCCAGGCACCGCUCCCGCACUCAAGGAGUUUCACGGCGCCCCCUGUCUCUGGCAGAUACUACGCGGACUUCCUGUACCCCCAGGAGCUGAGCGCUCGUUUAAGUGACCUGACGCUAGAGGGGGAGCAGUCCUCCACUUCUGACCCCCAGACCCCGGGGACACUGGUCUGACCCCUGCUGAUAUGCUCCUCGCUGGCCUGGGCAUGAGUCCAGUCUGAGGAGCACACAGCUGACUGCACUGAGCCCUGGGGUGUGGUUGCUCUCAGUCCUCGGGGCGCCAACCUGAUCUUCUCAAGCCCCUGGCUCAACGUGGGCCCACAAUGCUGUCUAAUGCCCCACUUCUCUUCUCACACUGUGCUGGGACUGGGGGCCCUCGGACAGCCUAAAAAAGGGGGGGGAUGACGUCAUGGGGACUCCAAGGCCCUUCCUCCAUUUCUGUUUACAGUUGUGAUUUAGGUCUUCACUGUCUUCCCCCAACACUAGACAUUUUGUAAAAGGGAAACUGUGAUCUCUUCCUGGUUGGGUUCAUUCCUAUGCCCAUGCCCAGCCUACUCCAUAUAGGAGCCCCCUCCACAAAAUGGACCAUAUGGGGUCUCAGGGCCCUGACUGGGGCAGCCAGGGACCCUGGUGUGAGCAGUACUCCCCGCCAUCUCCCACUGGGGCAGUUUUUAGGAAGAUGGGCCCGCUGUCCACAUUUGGAAGAACUCAAGUCUGGGUGGGGGGUGGGGGGCUUGGGUUCAUCUCCCCCAAGGGGUGCCUAAAGGAGCCCUGGUCCCUGUCUGCCUGUCUGUGCCCGCUGCCUCUGCCCAUAGGGCGAGAUGGCCCAGCCUUUGGUGGCAGUCUCUGCCCUGACUGUCCCCAAUCAGAAGCCCCGCAGGAGGACCAAAGGGCAGAGCUGUUGGGUGUGUUGCAUCCUGAGAUGCCGCGGUGGUGGAAGCUGGCACCUAUUAGACGCCAGUAAAAUCCUCAGGUGACAUCUGGCCACAGGCUACGUCACGUCUUCCUUGGCUUUCUUUCCAUCCACCACUUUUUAAACAAAUCUACACAAGCUGUGUUUUCUAUACCUGUCUGUGACUUUCUGGAGCUGGGGGUCCCCCUACCCCCUUUACCUGGUGUUAAACUUUUUUUUUUGUACCAAUGGAUCUGGGCCCAGUACACUACCCACACUGGAAGGGGAUUUCUAUAAUAAAUGUGUAAACUGAACCCAUAUGUUGUUCCUUUAAAUGCCACACCUCAGGGGGCCACAC